UUUUGGAUCGCGAUGGGAGCACGGAGAUCGAAUGGGGCUACGAGGUCGAUGCCGAUCCCGCGGAUCCGGCCAAGGAGCAGCAAAUCGCCGACGCUGUUCUUGGAAUCUACAAUGGGGACAUUGAAAAUCUCAAGAAGAUCGUCGAAUGAGAGAAUCAAGGCAUUAUUAUAAAAUUCUAGCGUUGCUUUUUUAGGGCUCUCCCCGGUUCCAGCCAGGGUUGGAUCGAUCGAUCGGUUGCUUGGGCUAGCGAAUUGGAGGCGCGAUCUCACUGCCGCAGGCUCGAUUUUUCCGGCGCUGCAAGAUGGGGCUCGAUAUGAGUAAGUUCCAGAGUCUUAGCGAUCACGGCAACGUUCUCGUGAUGAAUUCAAGGCAAGAAUGGCUGGCGAAGCUGGACGAGGCAAAGCGAAGCGGAAAAGUGAUCGUCGUGGACUUUACAGCGACAUGGUGUGGCCCUUGCAAGGCGAUGGCUCCCAUUUUCGUGGAUCUCUCGAAACAGUUUGAGCAGCUCAUCUUUGUCAAGGUCGACGUCGAUGCGCUCAAGGACGUCGCUCAAGACUGGUCCGUCCAAGCAAUGCCGACCUUCAUCUUCAUCAAAGACGGCAAGCUCCUGGACAAGAUCGUUGGCGCAAACAAAUCCGAGCUCCAGCGCAAGGCGGCAAUGUACGCGACCGGAGGAUAAUUGCCAGCAUCCCAAUCGAUCACCAAGCUCCCGAGCUCUCACAUAAAACUCUCUAUUCCAGAUUAUACAUGACAAUGCAUACACUACACUUUUGAGAAAGUUGCAAUGCUAUGGUCAAAGAAGAUGCUUCC